GGAAGUUGCAGUUGCAGUUGCAGUCGCAGUCGCAGUUGCAUGCUCCGUCCCCGUAACCUUAGAACCUUGCUCCUUGCUCCUUGCUCGCCUUUUUCUCUCCCCGGUAGCCAAAGAUUUGUUAAUCCAGGGGGAAAACUCCAAGAAGAGGAUGAUGAGUAUCUGGGGUUGAAUCGAACGUCCUUACUGGUCCGUUGGUAGGAUCAUCAGCAUAAUUUCGAGAGAGUUUCCUGAAGUGGCACCGAUUCUUGGACUGCACUGCUGUAACUUUCAAUUUCUUUCGUUUCUGUCUUCAAGCCAACGUCUACACUCACUUCACAACAAGACGCUCAUUGACCAUCGGCAAAAGAUUGAAUCAAGAUACUCAGGAUAUAUAUUAAAUUGGAUCUCUUGCUGCAUUUGACAACUCUAUCCACCCACUUUCGUCGUCAAAGCUCCUACUAUCUGCCGAAGCCGACCUAUCUCGGCGCAAAUCAAAACAAGGAAGGUACAGAGAGAUACUAUCAUACUAAGGACAACGACAGCAUAUGUGGAGAGGGGCUGAAUAUAUACGGGCGCCAUAGCUCGUUCGAUCCAUUCCAGAAUUCACGAAGUUAUGGCCUCAUCUUAUGCGUUACCAGCUUCCGCGAUUACCAAUAGUCACCACGGACAUGGACAUGGACAUGGACAUUCCCAUUCCCAUUCAUCUUCACAUUCGCAUUCAAGCCGAUCCUCACAGUACUCUGCAAGCAGGUCGAGACCAUUGAAUCAAUCCAUCUCAAGUCUGCAUAGCCAUUCACGCGAUCAUUCCGAAACUCUCCAUGAGCAUGAGCAUGAACAUGAACACGAAAAUGAACACAAUCAUGGCCACUCCCACUCUCAUUCGCAUGGCCAUGCGCACAACCACAGCCAUGAUAACUCAACAUCAUAUCUGCCAUCACCGCCAUAUAGUGAAGCAACUCCCAUGUCUGCCAACUUCGAGAAAGGAGCAUAUGGGACGUACGAACCUCCGAUAAACGAUGUACAUGUUGACGCUCAUCACCAUCAUGAUCAUGACCAUCACAACCAUUCGCAUGGUACAGCCGAAACGAAGUCACGAUUUACUAGUUUGAUACUGCCAUACGCAUCCAGAUGGCCGCUUCUACAUGCAAUAUUAGCGAGUAAGGACUCGAGGAGGAUCUUUUAUUUUAUGACUCUUAAUUUUGCCUUUAUGAUCGUUCAAGCGUUUUACGGAUUCGUUACAGAUUCCCUCGGUCUUUUGAGCGAUAGUAUACACAUGUUUUUCGACUGUUUGGCACUUGGAGUGGGGUUGUUUGCUGCAGUCGCGAGUAAAUGGCCACCGAGUCAAAGAUUCCCAUACGGAUUUGGAAAAAUUGAGAGUUUGUCUGGGUUUGGCAAUGGAGUAUUCCUCAUACUUAUUAGCAUUGAGAUUAUGAUAGAAGCGACUGAAAGAUUAGCAGAAGGACGAGAAACAAAACGCUUGAUGGAACUUUUUGUUGUCAGUUCGUUGGGAUUGGCAGUUAACUUAGUUGGCAUGGCUUGCUUCGGUCAUCAUCAUCAUGGACACGACCACGGUGAUCAUGAUCAUGGUCAUUCGCAUGGACAUUCUCAUUCUCACUCCCACGACUCUCAUUCCCAUGACUCUCACUCCCACUCCGGAUCUUGCGAUCACGGUCAUAAGAAACAGCCCUCAAUUCUCCACGAUGACAAUUCACAUUCACAUUCACAUGGUGGCCAUUCGCAUGAUAACGAAAACAUGAGAGGUAUCUUUCUUCAUGUACUCGCAGAUACAAUGGGCAGUGCUGCAGUCAUUGUCUCUACUGUAUUAAUACACUUUGUUGGAUGGUCAGGCUGGGAUCCUCUCGCAUCUUGUCUCAUCGCCAUUCUUAUUUUCCUUUCCUCGAUUCCUCUUGUCAAAAGUAGUGCGAAGAAAUUGCUUUUGACAGUUCCUGAUGAUACCGAAUACAAUUUACGAAACACGUUGGCUGGUGUAAGUGAUUUACGUGGAGUUCAAGCCUACACCGUCCCAAAGUUUUGGCUAGGCGAUAAAAAUCAAACAGUAUUGGGAGUCAUGCAUGUUGUUGCUACCAGAGGAUCAGAUCUUGAAGAUGUCUUGACGAGAACGAGAGCAUUUCUUUUAAGUAAAGGUGUGGAUGUUGUGGUACAGGUUGAGAAAGAUGGAGAUGGUAGUUGUUGGUGUGGAGGAGCAGGUAAUAGCAGUCGAUCGAACACGAAUUCGAGAUUUUCCUAGUUGCACAAGAAUUAUGGACAAAAUCUCCUUUUUGGAAGAAAUAUCAUGGGAUGACGACAGGAUUGAAAUAGGAUAUUCAUGAAUUGAUGGAUAUUUUUAUGACGGAAAAGGUGUACGUGCAAAUAGCAUUUAGAUCAUAUCAGCAUAGCAGUACGUGAGUUGAGUUGGAAUGAAAUGACACCAUGUAUAUCUUCA